AUGAGGUUCGCCUUCAGUUUCGGCAGCAGUGCCUCGUCAUCACCCUCCCCAUCAUCACUUCCACCACCGCCAGCGCCGCCUCCAACGCCCAACGACUCACUCCUCGAUAUCACACCGCGCAAGUCCUCCUUCUCCAGCACCAUGGGCAUGAGCUCAGCCUGCGCGUUUCCCUCGUGGCCCAACCGGCCGUCGCUCUGGAACCAGUCCUCGGGCGAGUCCACCGCCAGCUCGUACCUGUCCGACGAAGACCUCUUCAUCGACUCCUCAGCAACCUCUCCCCCAGACGACAGCAGCAGCGCGGUCGUCGAGGAAUCUGCCGCGACAGAUCCGCUCGACAUGACCACCGAGGAGCAGAUCCAGCUAAUGCGUGCCGCCGCCGCCGAGGACGAGCAGCGCAUGCGUUUUCUUGCGCAUGUGCACGCACACGCCCGCGCGCAACAGGCCUUCAAGGUCGCCCAGUUGGCUGCCGCAGAGCGCGAAAACGCGAAACACAAAAAGAGACGCUCAUCCUCGGACAGCAAGAAGCGGCGGUCGCCCUCGUCUGGGUCGAAGACUACUCGCUAUUAA